GGCAGUCUUGUUAUCUUUAACCGUGAAUGUUGGGCUGAGCUGUCGUUUGUGAUCCAAAAAUGAAUCUGCCGAAAGGACCAGACUCUCUGUGCUUCGAUAAAGACGUUUUUAUGAAGGAUGACUUCGACGUUGACCAGUUUGUGGCCGAGUGUCGAAAGCAGGUCCAGCUGGAGGAGAUGAGAGAAGACCUGGAGCUGUACUACAAACUGCUGAAAACAGCCAUGGUGGAGCUCAUCAACAAGGACUACGCCGACUUUGUCAACCUCUCCACCAACCUGGUGGGGAUGGACAAAGCCCUGAAUCGGCUUUCUGUGCCACUGGGACAGUUGCGAGAGGAGGUUAUGAGUCUUCGCUCCUGCGUGAGUGAAGUGAUCCAGGGCAUCGAUAACCAACUGUCCAAACAGGAAGACCUGCACAAAAAAAAGGUGUGCGUUCUGAGGCUGAUUCAGGUGGUGCGCUCGGUGGAGAAAAUCGAGAAGAUCCUUCACUCCCAGAGCUCAAAGGACUCCAGCUCUCUGGAAAUCAGCAGCCCUUUGUUAGCAGGUCAGAUCCUGGAGAGGAUCGCUACAGAAUUCAACCAGCUUCAGUUUCACGCCGUGCAAAGCAAAGGCAUGCCCCUGCUCGACAAAGUCAGACCGCGUAUUGCGGGGAUCACCUCCAUGCUGCAGCAGUCUCUGGAGGGCCUGUUGAUCGAGGGCCUGCAGACGUCCAACGUGGACAUGGUGCGCCACUGCCUGAGGACCUACGCCACCAUAGACAAAACCCGAGACGCCGAAGCUUUAGUGGGACAAGUGCUGGUUAAACCCUACAUGGACCAGGUUAUAGUGGAAGAAGCUGUGAAGUCCAGUCCAAGCGGGCUUCAGCUGAUGUACUCCAGGCUGCUGGACUUUGUUCCUCACCACUGCAGGCUGCUCCGAGAGGUGACCGGAGGAGCCAUCUCCAGUGACAGGGCUGAUACGGUGCCAGGUUAUGACUUCCUGGUGAACUCUGUGUGGCCAGAGAUGAUCAAAGCAAUAGAAGAAAGGUUGGCCUACAUCUUCAACCCCGGAAACCCAGAGAUAUUCUAUGAGCGCUACAGCGUUAGCGUGGACUUCGUGCGGCGCUUUGAGCAGCAGUGCAGUUCGCAGGCCAGCGUCAAGAGGCUGCGGCUUCAUCCCAAAUACACCAGCUUCAACAACAAGUGGAACCUCCCCGUCUACUUCCAGCUGCGGUACAGAGAGAUAGCCGGGCGCCUGGAGAACACCAUAGGCGAAGGAUUAGAAGCACCGCCAGCCGGUAGUGCGUUCCACCUGCAGGUGUCUGAGGUGCUGUGGUCCUGCUUGGUGCGGUGCUGGUCAGACCAGGUGUAUCUGUCACCUCUGGCUCAUCGCUUCUGGAAGCUGACACUGCAGCUCUACUCACGAUACGCCAAGUUUCUGGAUGAGGUGUUGACGAAAAGCCCCGCCCCCGAGGCGCCGAAGGAACCGAGCAGGCCUCUGCCGAGCUCGGCCUCUUCCACGUCCAGCCGAGCCUCGCUGGACGAAGGCGGCAGCGAGAGCGGCGGCCCGGCGUCUCUCUCCACCAAGCAGCUGGUGUAUAUCGCAGCCGACAUUCAGAAGCUGCAGGAGAAGAUACCAGAGUUAUCAGAAAUGGUCAGACAGCGGUUAGACGCCAUCGGGAUCAAGAACUUUGCUGUUGUGGAAGAUGCUCUUGCAGACUCCAAGGCUUGCCUGUCCAGCAGUAUUCCCUCCCUGAACACCAGGAUGACGCAGCAGCUGACCGAACGCUGCUGCCGCUUCCUGAAAAGCGCCUCUGAGGUUCCUCGACUCUACCGCAGAACCAAUAAAGAUCUGCCAGUACGCCCAUCAGCUUAUAUGGACAACGCUUUACGGCCGUUGCACCAGCUGUUAACAGACUCCACAGGGCUGGUCAACCCCCAGACGGCACAAGAAUGGCUCCGGGUUACGCUGUCUGACUGCACGCAGAAGUACUACGAGACCAUCUCAGAAGUGCUCAGCUCGGUGAAAAAGAUGGAGGACAGCCUGAAACGUCUUAAGCAGGCCAGAAAGGGAGCGACCGCGGCUGUCACAACGGGAGCCAACGGCGGACCGACAGACGACAGCAAGAUUCGCCUUCAGCUGGCCCUGGAUGUGGAAUAUUUGGGCGAACAGAUCCAGAAAAUGGGCCUCCAGCCGAGCAGCAUCUCCAUGCUCUCCUCCCUGAUGGAGCUGGUGAAAGAGGCUCGAGAGCUGGCGGAACAAAACCAGUAGAACGUCCGCCCUAAAAACACUAAGGAACGUUCUGCACAGCUCAAAACAAAAAGUUUUCUUCUGGUUUGGGCGGAAGCGACAUCCGUGGCACCACGAAGAAGGAGAAAAACAACAGACUAAUAAAAUCCUUGUCCAAAUCUUUGAGCCUUCGCUGUGCAGCCGGCCCUACUGUGGAUGACGGGAACAGCAGGGACGGCGCGUCACUGCCGGAUCUUAUACUACUGUGUAGUGUGUCUCCUCUGUAUGAUAAACUCUGGGGUUCUAAUGUUUCUAAAGGAAUCAAAUUUUAUUUGUAACGGGGGAAGUCUGUAACGGCGUGUUUAUUUAAUUUCUUUUUAAACCCAAAUAUAUUGAUAAUGGCGUUAGUGUGGAAAAUAUACAGAUUUUAUAUUCCGGUUGUUGUAUCCAAAUGAAGAAUUUGGGGAUGAAGUGAAAGGCUACACGUGGUUGUAUGUAAGUCAUUUACUUAUGAUGUUUUUCUCUAAAUAUAUAUUAAAAAAGGGUGGCUCUAGGA